AAAAAAAACAAGCCUAGGUGGUUUGACAUUGACAGUUGUGUUGUUUGGGUGAAUUGUUGUUUGAUCGGUGCGUGCGGUUUGCUUCUAUAAAAUUUACAAAGUAAACCUCGCUCCUACUUAAUUUUUUGGAUAAAACAAUCUUCGUACAUUCACCGAAAUGGCUUCUAUAGCGGCAGCGCAGGUGCAGGAAGUGCGAUCUAUCACACGCAUUGAGCGUAUUGGUGCACAUUCUCAUAUUAGAGGAUUGGGACUUGAUGACUCCUUGGAGCCUAGGGCUGUGUCACAAGGCAUGGUUGGCCAGAAAAUGGCCAGGAAAGCCGCCGGUGUUAUCCUGCAGAUGAUCAGAGAAGGCAAGAUUGCAGGCAGAGCAGUGUUAUUGGCAGGCCAACCUGGUACUGGGAAGACGGCUAUAGCAAUGGGUCUUGCCCAAGCUUUAGGACCAGACACUCCCUUCACUAGUAUGGCUGGCUCUGAGAUAUUUUCCCUGGAAAUGAGCAAGACUGAAGCCCUUACGCAGGCCAUCAGGAAAUCUAUAGGUAUCAGAAUUAAAGAAGAAUCCGAGAUUAUAGAAGGCGAGGUGGUCGAAGUAUGCGUAGAGAGGGCUGCCGGGAGUGGAGGGGCUCGGGUGGGGAGACUCACUUUGAAGACUACGGACAUGGAGACCAAUUACGAUAUGGGGAGCAAGAUGGUGGACUCGCUGCUUAAGGAGAAGGUCCAAGCCGGUGACGUCAUCACCAUAGACAAAGCCACUGGUAAAAUCAACAAACUAGGGAGAAGCUUCGCCCGCGCCCGCGACUAUGACGCCACUGGUCAGCAAGCUCGCUUCGUCCAGUGUCCCGAGGGAGAACUACAGAAGCGUAAGGAGGUGGUUCACACUGUGACAUUGCAUGAAGUCGAUGUCAUUAACUCUAGAACACAUGGCUUCCUGGCUUUAUUCUCUGGUGACACUGGAGAGAUUAAAUCCGAGAUAAGGGAACAGAUUAACAGUAAAAUUGCCGAAUGGCGCGAAGAGGGGAAAGCAGAAAUGAUUCCAGGAGUGUUGUUCAUUGAUGAGGCGCACAUGCUGGAUAUGGAGUGCUUUUCAUACUUGAACCGCGCGCUUGAGUCCGAAACGUCGCCCGUCCUCAUGAUGGCCACAAACCGCGGCAUCACCCGAAUCCGCGGCACCAACUACAGAGGCCCGCAUGGAAUGCCGCUGGAUCUACUGGACAGGAUGAUCAUCGUGCCUACCGUGCCAUAUUCGCAGCAUGAUUUGAAGGAGAUUUUGAAUAUUAGAUGCGAGGAAGAAGAUUGCCAAAUGUCAAACGACGCUCUCACGGUACUGACACGAGUGGCGACAGAAACAUCCCUAAGAUACGCCAUUCAAUUGAUCACCACAGCUUCCCUGGUCGCCAAACGAAGAAAAGCUACAGAGGUGAGUAUGGAAGACGUAAAGAAAGUAUACUCGCUGUUCUUAGACGAGCAUCGAUCUGAACAGUUCCUCAAGGAAUAUCAAGACGAGUUUAUGUUCAACGACGGCUCGGGAGAUGCAUCCCACAUGAUGGAAGUCGCACAGUGAGCGAAAGAGUAUAGAAGUAUUGUUUAUCGAUAAAUAAAAUUAUUAAUUAACACAACUGCAUUGUAUAUGCAAAGAAAAUUGUUUUUAAGACAGCCUUAAUGUUGUUAAAGGCCGGCCUUUGACUAAAUAACCUUAGCAGAAGCUUGACUUUUGUCAUGAUAUCUUGACUGAUGGUCGACUUUUGUCAUAACACCUUGACUGAAGGUCUACUUUUGUCAUAAUACCUUGACUGAAAGUCGACUAUGUCCCAAUAUUUAAGCAGAAGUUCGAAUUCCGACGUAAUAUCUAAACAAUAAGGUCGACUUUUGACUACCCACGACGCAGUUAUGUUGAUUAAUUUUGUGAUCAUGUACCUACUCGAGUCAUUUCCAUUGAAAAUUGUGAUGAAUAAGAAUUUCACAAAGAUAAUUUUACAAUUAAAUUUUUCAUGUAAGAAUGUACUUUUAAGUUGUCUUUAAUUAAAAGAUUUGUUAA